AUGAAGGAAGUAAAUGGAACAGUCAGCAAUAGCAAUAACCAGCACGACGACCCUAAAAUCCCCCUUUGUGUUUCUAGGGUGCCGGCAGAGGCUUGUGCCCAGCCACUGAUUCUCUCUAACCUGCUUUACCUAUUCAACCAUGAGGGUCUUGUUUUUAUCUUUGGAGUCCUUGCCUUGUUGUCCAUAAUUCCUCCAGCCAGAAGCUCCUCUUUUAAUAUUCGAUGUCAUGGAAAAUAUUAUCAUUGCAAACUGAAGUGCGACGCUGAUGAAUAUGCAAUGAGAUACUGCCCUGACAACAACAUCUGCUGCAGAGUGAAGAAAACAAAAUUUGUGGGACAAACGAAGUGGUGA